GUUUAAGGAUGGACGCGCUGCUGGAUGAGGUCGAGUCGCUGGAAGCGAUUCUGAUGGAAGAUGUCCAUAUCACGAAAGAUGCAAGCGGAUUUCCCGAGAUGAUUGAAACGACCGUAUUUCCGACCGUCGGCGAAGAACUCGAAUCACAGUACGUGUGCAUCACACUGCAAGUAUUACCCACCGUCGGCUAUCCGGAUGUGCGACCGAACGUAAAGCUGAGAAAUCCUCGUGGAUUGGAUGAUAGCAUUAUUGGGCAGAUCGAGCGAGCCGUUCAGGCAAAGUUGCAGGAAUCGAUCGGACAACCGGUCGUGUUUGAUCUCAUUGACCUGAUACGGGAACAGUUGACGGAAAGUAAUCUACCGUCCGGCCAGUGUGUCAUCUGUCUGUACGGCUUCCUCGAGGGCGAUGAGUUUACCAAGACGGUGUGCUAUCACUAUCUGCACAGCCACUGUUUAGCGUGUCACAUCAAUGCUUCGAAGCGCAAUUAUGAGGAAGAAAUCGAAAAGCUACCGAUCUGGAAGCGCAAAGAAGCGAAAGCAUUCCAAGCACAGUGUCCGGUGUGCAGAGAACCAAUCGAUGUAGAGGUGGAACCGUUGAUGCGCUGCCGGCCACCGACGGAACGGGAAAAUGCACCCAAGUUCCAGGUGACGGACGAACUGAAGUCACUACAGGCACAAAUGAAUCGGCUGUUUAUGCAUCAGAAGCGAAGGGGUGGAAUUAUUGAUCUGGAUGCUGAGGAGGGUAACGUUAUUGCGAUUGAAACGGAAUCCCUAAAUAGAGAGAUUUCAAAAGGCACAAGUGAUGCUUCAAAUGGUCCCAAUGCUGUGAUUCCGGAGGUGAAAACGCCCGCAAACAAGAAGCAUGGCUCUAACGCACACCCACAGCAGCAGGCCAAAGGAUCUUCAAGCUCAAAAGCUGCGAACAAUACUGCCCGCCAACGUAAUUCGCAGUCAGCCACCACCACCGCAAACGGUGAAGCAAACGACGAUCCGGACGCUUGUACCGAAUCGUGCUGUUCGGGUCAAACCGAUCAUCAUCGUGGUGGUGGAUACCGUAACCGACGGCACAAUAAUCACCACCAUAAUCGGCACCACCGGCAUCAUCAUCACCACCAGCAUCAUCAUCAUCACCAUCAGCAUCAGGGACGAGGUGGUGGUGCCGGCGCAGGCGGAGCUGGAACUUCCACGGCGGCGGCGGCCAGUAGUGGUGGAGCGGCCAAAAAUUUAGGUACUCCCUGCGCAUCCGAUGCCAGGUGACAAUUGUUGCCCCAGGAAAGUGAUCCCCGCACAAUGCAGCUUUGUUGGAUCGAGCGAGAAAGGUUGGAUUCGCAGUACCGAUCAAACGCCCG